UUUGCACAUUCAAUCUUGUCUUAUUAAAAUAGUGAUUGUUUUCAUAUUCGUUGCUGGAUAAUAAGUUUUUAAAGAAAAAUAAUUUAAAAAUUGUGUAGUAAUCAGCAUUAUGAAGUUGAUAGUGUUUCAUUUAAUAGAGGUUACAUUGAUAAUGUUCAAUCAAGGACUAAGAUAGAGUACCUUAAUUUGUGGUUUCAUCAUAGUUACUAUAUCAUAAUUUUACAAAUAAUAUUUUGACUGAAAAAUGGAGAACAUAAAAUUUUUGAAAUAAACAAUUUUAUUUUGAUUACUGAUAAAUUGAGAGGUAGAGUAAAGCUUGAUUCUGAUCAACAAAAAAUGUUUGGGUUUUUACGAGAUAAGCAACCACUGAAGGUACAUGAAAUAUAUUAUUGUACUACACUCUUAAAAUUAUGUAUUACUGUGACUCAAAAGACCAAGAAUCAAUACAUAGCAAAAACCUCGAGUCGUGUAUGUUAAAUACAAAUGUUAAAAACCAGCUAAAUAGUUUUGACUUGGACACAAGAGCUGAUAAUACAAUGGCUGAUACCAAAAGAAAACCUUUUAAAAUUCCUGACCACAUUUCUUCAAUUGAAUGUGAUGGAAAAGUUAAAUAUAAUUGUACUGUUUGCAAAAAAACUUUUAAUUCAAAAAAGAAUUGUUUCUAUCAUUUAACAUGCAAUGGAGAUGGAAUAAAAAAACCAUUGAUUUGUUAUAAAUGUAAUAAAUCAUUUAAAAUCCAAUCACAUUUAGACUAUCAUAUGUUAACACAUUCAGGCGAAAGACCAUUUAAAUGUUUGGACUGUGAUAAAUGUUUUUUCACUAAAUCUAAGAUGAUUGAACAUAAAAUAGUACAUACAGUACGUUCUCAUUUUUGUGCAAUAUGUGCAAAAGGUUUCAAAAGAAAGCGAUCAUUAGAAGUUCAUAUGAAAUCUCAUGCAUUAGAAAAACCAUUUCAAUGUGCAACAUGUUUAAAAUUUUUCAAAAACAAGCAAUGCCUAAAAAAACAUCACAUUAGGAAACAUUCGGGAACUAAAGCAUUUUCAUGUGACAUCUGCAAACGAAAAUUUAGUUUGAAAGAUGCAUUGGUUUCACAUCAAAAGACACAUAUAUUUUCAACUCAACUAGCUUGUUAUUUAUGUAAUCAACGAUUUAGAGAAAAGCGUUAUUUACAAAGACAUCUUGGAACUCAUAGUAAAAAAAAUAUUUUGAACUGUCCAAUAUGUAUGAAGAAGUUCACACGUAAAGAUAAUUUGGACCGUCAUGUAAGAAACACUCAUUUGGAAUCUGAGAACAUUAAUAUAAAUGAGCAUGUAAUCCGUGCUUCUGUUAUAAAAGUUGUCAACAAGAUUGAAUCAUGUCCUGUUAGAGUAAUUCAACAUACUUGAAUUGUCAUUUUGUAUACAGUUUUUAAUAUUUAUGGAAAUUUAUCUAUUUAAUAGUUAUUUUAGUUUUAUAAUAUUAUGUUACCUUUAUAGUU